UGCAUACGCUUGGCGGGAAGCGCGCGCCAUGGAAAGCGAAUACGAGAGCUCAUCGCACAUACCAGUACCCUCAACUCUUGCUGCGGCUGCAAGGCCACACACGGAACCACGCAUGCUUGGUGCUUUGCACAUGUUGGAAGCUGCCAACUCUUUUACGGAACUGCAAUCUCAUGGCUCAUCGCACAUACCAGUACCCUCAACUCUUGCUGCGGCUGCAAGGCCACACACGGAACCACGCAUGCUUGGUGCUUUGCACAUGUUGGAAGCUGCCAACUCUUUUACGGAACUGCAAUCUCAUGAUACAUCGUACAGUCCAGGACCCGCAUAUCUGACCGGGGCUACAAGGUCACAAACAGACCCACAAGUGCUCGCCUUCAUGGAAAGGAUACUACAUGUGUUAAAUAGCAUGAAGCACACACAGCAAGCCCAUUCGCAAUAUUUCAACUAG